GCCGCGCCUGAGGUGCGCUCCUCAAGAGCCGCAUCGAGUCGAGAUCGCUGCAGAGCUCCCCUCCCCUGUCCCUGUUGAGGCACGGUACAGCCCGCCAUCGUUUCCCGCUGUUGCUCUCCUUAGACGGGACUGUGCCUGCGUUCCUGCUGCAGGAUGAAGAGGAUCUUCGGGUUCGGGAGGAAGAGGAAGGGGCAGCCGCCGCCCGGCAGCGCCUCCCUUCCCUGCCCCGCUGGUGCCUACGAGCUUCGGCAGAAGGACCUGGGCAAGCUACACCGCGCGGCCGCCAGCGGCGACCUGGCCCAGGUGCGGCAGGGACUGAGGAAAUACAGCAUCGACGGGCGGGACAAGGCGGAGCGGACAGCUCUGCAUCUUGCUUGUGCAAAUGGCCAUGUGGAGGUAGUUAUGUGUCUCAUAGAAAACAAGUGUAAGCUAAAUCUUCUUGACAGUGAUAACAGAUCGCCACUGAUGAAGGCAGUACAGUGCCAGCAAGAAAAAUGUGUGGCUGUUCUGCUAGAACAUGGUGCCGACCCAAAUCUGGCAGAUGCUGACGGCAACACUGCCCUUCACCUGGCUGUCCUGUCUGGUAAUACUACUGUAGCAGGGCUGUUACUUGAGCAUAAUGCCAGUAUUGAGGCCCAAAAUAAGGAGGGAUAUACGCCUCUUAUUCUUGCUGUUUCUGAACAUCAUGAAGAAAUAAUGGAGUUACUCCUUAAAAAAGGAGCUGAUGUGCAUGCUCGAGAUCUAUGUGAAAGAACCCCACUUAUGACUGCUGCUUCUGGUGGAGAGCUUAGUCUGAUAAAGGUUCUUCUGCGGUAUGGGGCUGAUGUGUCCCAUAAAGACACUAACGGAUGGACAGCUGAGGAUUAUGCUGUUAUUCAUGGAUAUUCUAGUCUUAGUAAACAACUGGCAGAAUAUGCAGACUGGGAAAACACAGGAGAAGCUUCUACAGGUGGAGGUGCACGAGGCAUCGCAGCACUUGGCACUCCACAUCGGGCAGCAGCUGCUGGCUUUACAUUGGGUGCACCUGCUGUGGACAGAGGAGCAAUAGAUGACUUCUCUCAAGGAGACUCAAUAAGAAGCUCUGAGAAGGAGGGGAGUGAUGACAGUUGGCAUACCUCUGAGGAAGAGGAACUUGAUUUUACCCCCAAGAAGCUGCAGAAGCCAAACCUGACACUGUUAAUGAAUGCUUCACAGCAGUUCAGGAAAAACAAUGAUGGUGGUGGUUCUAGAAUUGAAACUCCUAAGUCACCAAAGAAAAGUCUCAAACAAAGAAUGCCAUCAGGUGCAAGUGUGAACAAAGGAGACAGUGAGGAAUUGUUUAAUCAAGAUGUCUCAGCUGCAAGCAACCAGGAUGAAGAAGAAUUGGAGGAGGAAGAGGACGAAGAGGAUGAAAAUUACAAUGGAGAUGGUGAUGAAGAUUAUGAGGAGGAAGAGGAGGAGGAGGAGGAGGAGGAAGAUUUUACUGAAGAUGAAAAGGAGGAGGAAGACCUGGAAGAUGAAGAAACUCAGUCUAAUGAAAUACUAGAAGAAGAGAAAACAGAAUCUAAAGGGGAAAUUAAUCAGAAAUUAGAGUAUUUCAGUAAAGCAAAGUGUGAAGGAGAUGCUCGAUGUGGAACUGGAGAUGUCUGUGAUGAUGAACAUGAUGAAAAAGUGAAGGAAUCUGUUGAUACUCCUGUGUCUUUCAUAGCUGGGUCUUGUGAAAAAUUUCAAGAAAAUAAAACGGUGGUGUCUCCUAAGAUCAUGAAUAAUGAAAUAUCUUGCAAGUCAGUACCAAAACAAGCUGUCUUUCAAAAUCUAAAUAAUCUGCAAGAUAUGCAAGAAAGCUGGAACAGGAAAAGCAUGAUUGAGGAGACAUUUCACAGAAAGGCUGACUCCUGUUUUGCAGACUCUGAAAUGACAGACUGGAAAAAAGAGGUACCUCAGCCUCUCUUAGAUAGUUGUGGUGUUAAGGAGAAAAAGUCAAACUUCACUGAUGGUUUUGAAAGUGGCAGUAAUUCUUGGUUAGCAGAAAAACACCCAGGAUCUGAAAGUGAAAGACCAACCUCUGUCAUACUUGAACAUGUGGAUGGUGAAGAUACUGAAGAGGAAUAUGAAGGAGUAGAUAAUAAAGUCUGUAAACCACUGAAACAAGAAAGUGAAAACUUGCACUUAAAUAAGCAAGAAGAAAAUUUGAGAGCAGCAUUUCAUUCAAGCACUGAAGAAGAAUCAUCUGACCACAAAGAAGAGGAGAAGGAGGGCCCUGGAAAAAAGCUACAAACUACAGUUGUUGAGGAUGUGAAGAAUUCUGUUUGUAAUGAUACACAUGAAGUCCACAAAGCUUCAAAGGACAACUCCGGUGCUCUUCCAACAGUGGGAGCAGAGCAAGAGGAAGAUGAUGAAUCUCCCUGGGAUUCUGAGGUUACACAGGCAGAUUCUGAAAUGCCAGGAAAAAUACCAUGUGGUGUGCUGCUGUCAGCUGCAGAGAGACAUGGACCAUGCUCCCAGUUUGUUUCAGGGCAAAGUGACAAUGGCUUUUUGGAGAAACCCAACAAUUCACAGCUGAAGACUCCCGUAUCUGCUUUGAAAAUGAAUGAAACUUCUCCUAAAAACAGGCAGCAGAAAUCAGAUCUUCUGCAGGAAUUUGAUUUAGAAGAUGUUGAGGAUAUUGAAGGUGAGGUCUCAGGAUCUACUUCUCAUAUGUCAUCAGCAGCUGAAAAAGAAGAUGAUAAGGAUACCAUUGAAAACUAUGGAGUGUGGGUUGAGAAGGAAAAAAGCAAAGAAAGAUGUUUCAAUACACAGACAGUGGCAGAAGAGGAAAAUGCUGAUAAAUUAAAUACAUCACAAGGCAGCAUUACUAAUCAGCAAAUGAAAGAAAAGCUUACACUAAGGCAGAAUGACUGUUUGAAAAUGGAGGAUGAAAACACUACAGAAGAAAAAGUUAUCAAGAAUUUUUCGCCUGAGGAGAGUGAAUUUGCCCUGAAUCAUGACGUUGCAAAGAAAAAUAAAGGACAAACUUCAAAGCAGAAGGCUAAUCAGCAGAUGAGCUCUUCCAGUGGGAAUAAUUUUCGAGUACCAGAUGAUAGCUCUUUCAGUGAAACCUCUCAAGAGGACGGAAGACCUGCAGCAAAAACAGCGAGUGAAAAGAAUAAGGUCAGCAUACAAAUGGAUGUAACUGAUGACCUUGAUUUAACUCAUUCAUCUGACACAACUUCAGAGGAUGUCAAAUUACCAACAUCCACCUACAAAGAGGCUGUGUUGCUCUUAGAACAGCUUACUGUGGAUCAUACAGGUUCUGCUAUUUUACUGAAAAUUCAAAACAUACUUCUUAAAUAUGAACAAAUAAUAGAGCAUGAAAAAAAUCGGUAUGCAGCAGUCUGGAGAGAAGUAAGAAAGUUGAAAAGUGAAAAGGAGGAAUCAAAAUUAAUAGCAGAAGAGACUCAAGAUUUGAAAUCCAUAUUAGCUCAUCAAGAAGUGGAAUGGAAGAGUGAUAUCCAAAGCCUUAAGUUUACUUUGAAACAAGAAGAAGAAAAGAGGCUCAGAGUAGAAACACUAUAUGAGAAAACAAGAGAGAAGCUCAGAAGAAAAGAAGAGCAAUAUUGUAAAGAGAUGGAGGAGAAACAGCAACUUGAGUUACAAUCAAGGAAUUUGGAAAUGGAGUUAGUAACACUGAGAAAGCUCCUCAAACAGGUUGAAGAUGAGCGUGAUGAAACACAGAGACAGCUCUCUCAGGAAAAGAGUGCCAGAGCCCUGCAAGAAGGCAUUUUGAACAACCACCUUUGGAGACAAAAGGAACUAGAAGAAGAGACAAGAAGAACUACAGGAAAAAGUUCAGAUGAAUCUGACAGUGAGCGAGAAAAGGAUCUGUUGUACAAAAAUCAGUUACUGCAAGAUGAGAUUGCUGUGCUAAGACUAGAACUUGAUCAAAUAAGACUUAGGCACCAGGAGGAAGAAGGAAAAUAUUUAGAGGAAAAUGAGACCUUGAAAGAAAAAAAUGAAGAUCUUAAAAAAGAACUUAAGCUCAGUGAGGAAGCCUUAACACAAACAGUUUUUCAGUACAAUGGACAACUGAACUUACUAAAGACAGAAUCCACAAUGCUAACUUCCAAGCUUGAGCAGACAAAAGAAAGUAAAGACAGAUUAGAGACAGAAAUCGAAUCAUUUCGUUCCCGCUUGAACACUGCUGUUCAAGAACUUGAACGUCACCAGUCAUCAAAAAGUGAUGUCGAACGAACGUUUCAGAGAGAACGUGAUGAAUGGCUUCGCUUGCAAGACAAGCUCCAUCAUGACCUCUCAGACGUGCGAGAAACCAACAAGAGCUUGUCUCAGCAGCUGAGUAAAGCUGAAAGCAAAGCUAAUAGUCUAGAAAAUGAGCUUCACCAGUUAAAACAAACACUCAGAGAAAAAACGCUGUUUUUAGAAAUGACACAAAAAGAAUUAAGUCAAGCCCAGUGUCAGGCAAAGGAAUACGAUCAUGCUCGACAGCUUGAGAAAGACCAAGUAAACAAACUUAUAAUAAAGCAGGAAUCCAUGCAGGAGCGAUUAGCCCAGCUCCAGAGUGAAAACCUUUUGCUCCGUCAGCAGCUGGAAGAUCUGCAGAACAAGGGGAUCAUCAAAGAAAAAGUAGUGAGUGAUGUGCAAGAUCGGUUUAAUGAUAUUUUCAACAAACUCAGAGCUGAUACUGAAAAGCAAGUUUACCUCGUGGAAGAGAGAAACAAGGAAUUAAAUGCCAAAUGUAUUGAUUUAAGAGAACAAGUCUUCAAAUAUGAGACUGACAAAAUAGAGAGAGAGGGCAUGAUCAGACAGCUGCAACAGGAGCUUGCUGAUGCUCUGAAAAAGCAAUCUAUGUCAGAAGCUUCAUUGGAGGUUACUACGCGCUACCGCAGUGACCUGGAGGAAGACAAGCUUCGCUUGCAAAAGGAAUUGGAAAAGGCUAAAACCAAGUUGCUGGAUGUGGAAGAAAAAUAUCUUCAGUCUGAGUGUUGUGUUCGUGACUUGAAGACUGCCUUGGAUGAGAAGGAAAGAGAAGCAACAGCUUGUGCCCAGAAAUUGCAGGACCAGCUGUUGGCAUCUUCUGAGACUAAUACUACUAUGAAACAACUGGAAGAACACGUGCAACACCUUGAAAUUGAAAACACCAGAUUGGAAGCCACUGUCCAGCAACAAAGCAACAGGAUUGAAGCCCUGCAGAGAGACCUGCAAACCUCUGCCUCAGUUCAUAACCGCCUGGAAGACUUGAUAAUGAACUUACAGACAGCACAGGCAGCUGCAGAAGACCACCACAAGCAGGGGCAAAAGCAGAAUAUACUGGCACUGACAUCAAAGGACUUGCAGAACAUGUGGGAAGAGCAGUUUAGGUCAAGAUCCAACCUCGAAGAGCGUGUUGCUCAACUUGACAGGGAAAAGGCAGACCUCUUUGAACAGUGUGAGAGUGAAAGAAAGAAGGUGAAGAAACUGAUAGAGUUAAAACGCCCAGUUGAACUCCGUCUGGACCAAGAAAUGAGAAGAAACUUAGAAUUGCAGAAAGACUUUAAGAGGUUGAAGAGACUUCUCAGUAGAGCUACGAAGAAAAUAAGGGUGUAUGAGGAGAGAGAAGUGGAGUCACAGCUUAAUUUGAAGGGGGAAAUGAAGAGCAGAUAUUCUGAAAUGGUCAGUGAAGUUGAUAGAUUGAGAACAAAGGUGAGCUCUGCUUAAUUUGGGGUUGGUUUGGUUGUAGUGUUAAUUCUUUUCAAACCUAUGUGAAGCUUUCUCUAUUUCUUGUCAUGUUGAUGAUUUUCUUUCCUUGGCUGUAUUUUAGAUUUGAUUGAUCUCUCUCAAUGCUUUUUCUACUGUUAAAGAAGCAAGUGACUAUAACUACUACUGAUGUCGUUGUCAUUAUGGGUAAAGAUGCAAUCCUUAAGUGCAAAGCAGCAUCUGCAAUGGCACAGGAGGGGUAGACUGUACUGCAGAGGAAGGGCAAGCCAAGAGUGGCAGCAAGGCUGGCAGAGUCCAUGACCUCAUGGGCCAGGGAGCUGCCAUACAGGCACUCACCAAGAAGAACAGAACAGGUCUGGAGAUAGCAAGCGGGGUCAGCCAAGAGUGCAGGUCCUCAGGCCAGGCCUUAGGGAUGGGCAGUUCUGCUGUCUUACCAGGAUGUCAUG